AUGCCGCUCAAACUACUUUGGGUACCUGCGCUUGCCCUUCUUUUCGUCUACUUGUACACUACUACCACUACCACAACUAUUACAGCUCAUUCAACCACCUCCUCUGUUGAGACAUUUCCAAUGACGAAUUCACAGUUCCAACUCAUUCUUCGUCAAGGCAUCACUGGUGGAUUCGCGGGCCCUACUGUCCGUAAAGUGAUUGAAAUCAAAGGCGACAGCAGCUCCGGAGCAACGCUUCUCCAUGCCAACCUGCAACCUGGCACCAAAAACGACUAUGUGACUCAAUCGGGCGUUGUGCCCACUGAGAAUAUAUCGCUCUUAUUGUCAACUGUAAAAGAAGAACUUCAGAGCUUGCCUACGGAGGAUCCAGUUGGAAGCGAAGAUAUCUAUGGGUUAGACACGUCGAUCCUGUUCUUUGCAGACGGCUUUCAAUGGGGCAACGGUAUGUAA